AUGCCUUUCAACACUUAUCUUCUCAGAGGUCUGGUAUGCCUCGCCCUUCUGCAGGCACUACUGCAGGUAUCUGCAGUUCCCCUGGGGGGAUCCCGUUUUUUCGGCGCUGCCAAGCUGCCCGAAACUGCCGCAGACGGUGCUGCUGCCCCCGCCGCAGCGACGGAGGACAAGUGGUACAACAGCAAACCUCUGCUUGCUUCCUACCGCCGCAUCACCUCUUGGCGCAGCAGCUCACGUGCGCCCGAUAGGGAACUGGAGUCCGUGGGAACCACGGCAAUCAAGACUCCUGGGGGGAGUUCGAGCGAGCCUGCAGUGAAGUGGUGGCAGAAGAGACCGAAGCAGCCUCUUGCACCUGGUGUAGCCCACAAGACUCUGCCUGGCGCGACGCUCUCCCACACGGCUUCCGGUAGACAGCAAGUUCUCGUCCACCCAGGCCACGAUCCGUCUUAUACUCAGUACGACGAUGUGGAUGUGCCAAAACUGAAAGUCAAAGACAAUGCUACCGGAAAGUGGUCGCUUUCGGAAUCCAUGGAGCGCAAGCCCACCGUCAUGUGGUCACCUCCAAACUAUCACGUCGACUAUAAGCCCGCGAGCCCAUACUUUGGAACUGAACGCGAGAGAAAGUUCCCUCUGCCAGAGCUGCGUUACUACCAACCAAAGCGCCCUUUCGAUGCUGGAGAACAGUCGAUCGCUUCUGCGCAUGUCCCCAGCAGCACCAACAUUGGCAAGGACAAGCACAAAGCUUUCGACAUGGACGAGCACCACGACUUUGACGCGCAUCAAGGCAACUCGUCACCUCGUGUAGUAGACACGAGAGGCAGCCUCUCAACAAGACCCGCUACAUCAGAAGAUCACGCGGCUCCACUGCUUGAGAAAGACGAGGAAAAGUUCGUGGGAGGCUAUCACCGCUACCACAGUGGAAGCACGCUCGGCGUAAAGCCUGGCACGUCGAUGGUCACUUCGAACCUCCUGCCUGGUCAUCCCGACACCGUACUGCCUGGCGCUAGCCUGUCGAGGACAGCUUCAGGCUCGCGUCAAAUUUUGCUGCAUCCAAAUCACCACAUCGAGAUGGAGGUGGAUGCCGCGAAGCAGCAGCUCCACAUUGUAGCUAAAGCGCAUCCUGGGGCAACGACGGGCGAGCUCUUGAGAGCCAAAGAGGGCCCAGUCAGCACGAAAAGCUUACCUUAUGAUCCUCACUCGCCGGAAUCCGAGCUCAAGCAAAGGACACGCAUCUGGGUGCCUUUGCGCAACAUUGAAUGGCCUUCCUUUAAUCCUGCUACACGAAUCAAUCAGCACGGACAAAGGGAAUUAGUCGAGUACAGAAGAUCCGACGUCAGAUUUUACGAUAGCCAUCCUGGUGACGAUUCGCUCGCGUGGUCGAAGAGUCUUGCUCACAUUCCUGCUAACUCCCUUAUCGGGAGGACCUUCAAACUGCCCGCCUCUCGCGUUCACCUUCAGGGGUCGGGGCAAAGCCACUCGCCAGUGCGAUUCACAUCUGAAUCGAACUCGCCGGCGCGUAUGGAUCGACGCAUGUCACCUGGCGAGCCUUCCACUUUAAAGAGACUGACCCGAUUGUUCGCUGGUAUAGGCAAAGAGGCCACAAAUGAUUCAGUGAUUCAGCCUCUCAUAAAGCCUGAGGAGGUCGUUUCUCAUCAGCGCCAGGUGCACGGUCCUUCUCUGGGGGCGAAUCCCAAGGCGGAAGUGGGCGCUAUAAGGAUUCCUGCAGGCACACCCGAGUCUGUGAUUCCUGGUGCAACGCUAUCGCGUACAUUCUCGGGCAAGGCGCAAGUGCUCUUGCAUCCAGGCCAUGAUCUGACGAUCCAUAGCCAUAGCUGGGAGGACAGGAUGGAGCUGCAUUCCGCAAAAGGCACUUCGAAGCGUGUUGCGCUUCAAGGCUUUGUGCCAGACUCGGAGGGACGGCGAGCUCGCAUUUGGGCGGCGCCUGAAGGGGUGGUCAUCAUGCAUCAUUCCAACAAAUUCCCGGUCGCCUUGGUACAGCAUGAUUUGCGACACUAUAGACUGACGGAGCCGACGGACAUGGGCAGGCUGAGCAGAACGCUGGCUCAGCUUGAUCACAAGAUGGGCAAAAGUAGAAAGGAACCGUAUGUUGUGCAGGGUCAAGAGCAGGCCCAAGACGCGUUUCAGGAAGCAGCACAUCAGCGGUCAAUCGACGAUCACGUCAAGACGAGCGGGACGACUCUCCACGGCCAGUCCAGCGCAAGAGUCGAACAGCUUCGCGUAGCCGGGACCCCCGAGUCGAGCGUGCACGGCGCGACUAUUGCUCGAUCAUUGUCCGGCACGAGGCAAGUCUUGCUGCAUCCAAAGCACGACUUUGACGUGUUCGUCGAUGAAAAAGAUGCGCUGCACCUGGAAUCGAAGUCGGACAAGGACGCAAGGAUGAAGGUGUCACCCAUUGAAAGCUCUGACAACAUCAGACAUCCCACCCGACUUUGGGCGCCAUCAACGCGAGUCGGCCAGGCCACACUCCGAAGAGCUAAAGGUGGUGUGCAGACUCCAGAUAUUCGAUACUACAACGAUGAGAAGGCUGCGAACAUGUCGGAAUUGAGCAAAGAGCUGGCUCAGGUCGGACACUAUUCAGCGAUCGGCAAGGGGAGCCGUUCGCCUUACGAGCCCCGCGUGCCGACCAUGGGACGCACGCAGCGCACGCAUGAAGACGCUCGACGAAAAAAGUAAUUGAACUCCAUCCUUGCCAUCACCAAUGGGCCACGCUGCAGGAGCGACUCGUGACUGGGACUUUUGGCGAGGGACGUCGUGUUGCUAUAUAGCUCGGCGUACGAGACGUCACUGCGGACCACUUGCGAGGUCUUUUGCGGCUUUGUCUUGACCCGAUGCUGCGCUCAGAGACGUGAUUCAAGCGUUCGACGUGAAUCGCAGCCUGCCUGCCUGCCUGCCUUCCACCUGGUCAAUGAGUGGAGGAGUGUAACAUGCACCUUGAUUGACUCGUGACUCGACUGUAUGCCGCGCACAAUCCUCUUGCAAGAGCAUGCAGAACAGAGAUUGUGCAUGCUGGGCGACAUCAGGGCGGCGUGGAUGGGUGUGUGAGA